CAGCUGAGUUGAGCGUCUGGCGGAAUAAGCUGAGUCUUGUCUCUCUCACUCUCCCGCAGAUUUACCUUAUUUUCUGCGUUAUACGAUGCUCCUGGGGGCUGGUUCUGCCUACACACCUACAAGAUAAACCCAGGUUGUGAGAACCAUGAGCGGACGAAGUGGAAUGGUUGGUUCCAGUGGAGCAUCACUGGGCAGUUCGGGUACAUCGUGUGAUCCAACCAACCAGCCAAUGGACUUGGCCCAGAAAACAGUGGCCAGAUCUCUCGAGUCUGGUGGGAUAGUGAAGAGUGGAGGCACUACAUUAGUUCAUUAUACAACUGGUGGAGUGGCCCAGAUAUUAACUACAAGUGGAGGAACUGCACACGUUGUUACUGCCAAGCCUGUGGGUAGAACAGAAAGUAUGGGAGUCGGGGGACAAACAGUAACUCUGGUUUCGCGCACCUCUGGUCCACCAGCAGCCCUUAACCUGGCCUCCCCUGGGUCUGGCGGUGGCGGUGGUUCAUCUGUGCGUGCAGUGUCCCAUCCUGUAGGUGUCCCAGCCAGUAAUGCUAUUGUCACUUCUUCACCUGCUCAUAUGGCAUACCAUAUUCCAAGAGGCGCAGCUGCUGUUGCUAAUAUGGCAGCUCCUAGAUCUCAGACAGUUGCCACUCCUAUUGUUAGAACAACGGGACAACCUCUCAACCAGCAAAGUUCAAAUGUUCCUGGACAGCGUAGCAGUACAAUGGGGCAGCGAGUAGUGCCAGUGUCGACCAGUGCGGGGUGUUACCGUGGUGCACCAUCCCCUGCUCACACUGGCAAGGUUAGCCCAGCCAUUCACCCCAAUGUCACUGGAACUAGUCUAAGUCUUGGCGUAGCUCGAGGUUCCAUGCCUGUAACUCGACCAGGUCAGCCAUCAGGAUCCAUAACCACCUACCAUGCUGGAGGACGAGCUGGUGGAGUGCCGAGUGGGACUAUAAGAGGAGCUGGAGGCACAAUGAGAGGGAUGGUUACUGGUGAUGGACCUAGAGGAACCGGGCCUAAGGCUGUUCACAUAACACAACCUUUAGUUCAACCUCAGAAAUAUGGAAGCACCGUGAGCGGGGUAAUGAGCAAUGUAGGACGCGGCGUGGCACCAGGAUCCGGAACAGUGGCGUGCUCUACUGGUACCAUCUAUACGGGCAACCCCAUGGUGACCACCAUGGCUGGGCCUAACAUUAACUCCCAGGCUACCAUGAGAACACAAGCUCCCCCGGCUAUAGCUGUGAGAAUUACUACAGCUCCUGGUCCUAGUUCUGCUACAUCGGCAGCGGUAACAUCACAGGCCGGUACAAAUAUAGGUGCCAUAGCAAUGACUUCUCCGUCUGGCACUACUCCCAGCACCAUUUUGACUCACCAUCCUACGCUGCAGCGAGCACACCAGGAUCAUCACGUCCCACUUAAAACACCUAUUGUGCGAACACCAGUAGCUGCACACCAGACAAACAAGUCGGGGGUUCAAGCCCAGGCAUUGGCAUUUUCUGACGGCCCUAAAGUGAUCACACAGCCAGCUCAAGGUCCACCUCUGGCCUUGGCUCAGAUCUCUGGGCUCACAGGGGUUAGUACUCAGAAGACCCAGGUUCAGACACACACUGUUCAACAACAUCCCACCAAUGUUCAGCUCAGAGCUGGUGGUGGCGGUGUCGGUCGUGUCAUGGGUGGAGGAGGCAUCCCUGUCGCUAAAGUACUUCCACAGCAAGCCACAGCUACCUCCCAGGGGCCAAUAUCUGUUGCCACCACACAGAGAGCUUCUCAUGGGCAGGUGCGGGCACAGUCCCCCGGACAAGCGGCCGAUAGUCAACCUGCCCACACCAGCGUGUUCUUGCAUCGGGCGCAUGCUGGAGUGACUGUAACAAGUGGGGUGACGGUGGGCCAGGGAGAGCGAGUGGUGACGACGAUGCCGCAGUACAGCAUCGCACCACCCUAUUACUAUGAACAAGCACAGAACACGUACCAGGUUGGUGGAACAAACCUGGUAUCUCACGCCCACUAUGGUCCCGCUAAUAUGCAAGGUACGAGCCUGAGAGUAACGGCUGGACCAUCCAACACGAGUGUGCUGGGUGCCAGUGGAAUCAAUGGACCUGGACAAGUGGGAGAAGUUCCUACUACUCAAGGCACUGUUCCUCUUCCAUCUAUGAAACCUAAUGCAUCUCCAAGACCAUCCAUUCUAAGAAAAAGACCAGAUAAUGAUGGAAUUCCCUUAAAAGCCACCAAAAACCUGACUGCAGCACUCUCUCUACCAAUGCCCUCUCCUCCAUCUCCCAAGAGACCAGACUCACGGGGUAAUGGCAAUGCAUCCUCAGGAUCUACAACUAUUUCUGCUAAUUCUUCACCUGACUCUUCCUUAUCAGGACUUCAAAUAGAAGAGCUAGAUGGUAACAGUGCACCAGGGGGUGGCAACGACACUCGUACUCCCCCGGGUAUCAAACAGGAACCCCCGGAUGACACUAGCCACGUGCUGCCCAGACCAUCACUCUCCAUCUCCACUACAGAUAUAAGUGGCAACUUGGCCACCACCACCACUCUAACAGUGCCUCAACCAUCACUAUCACUAACUGGCUUACAGGGGGCAGCUCAGAUUUUAGCCGACGGACUGUCACCUAGAAAGAAGCCUAGGAAACAACAGCUAAUGGGUAAUGAACUUCAGGAGGCUCGUUCCAGUGAGGAUGACAUGGAUCAUCCACCAGUCAAGAAAAAUAAACGAGAUUUAACUGAAGAUAAUCAUGAUUUGGAAGGAAGUGAUGAGGAAGGUGGUGGUGGUUGGUCUGAGCCAGGUGGUGGUAGCAGUGGUGGUAGUUGUGGUGGAGGAGGCAGUGGUGGCAAUGCACUCAGUGCCACCGUUGUCCUCACCAACCGUCCGACAAUGUCGCUCUUGAGCACUUUCCGGCAAACGUGGAAACCCAGGCACAACCACUUUGUUAGACACACUGAUGUUAAACCUAAAGAUGAGAAGAGGAUGACAGUUAAUGAAAUUGCAAACCAGAAGAUGGCUCUUCAGAGAGUGAAUGGAUGGAAGAUCGUUCACUUAUCAGGACAAGUAGAUGAUCUGGUGGAACUUGAAGCUGAAGUAGUUGAUCGCCUUCACAUGCUCCUCGGCUCAUUAGAGAAGAGAACUCAUCCACGAAAACCAUACAAGGAUUUUGAGAAAGAUGUUAACAGAUUGUCUGAGCUUGUAAAGGCCAACAUUCAACGCUCAAAAAUCAUUAAGGACCAGAUGUCUGAAGCAAGAUCACAGAUGAACAAACUGUUCGACCAUAAAGGCAAGAUUGUCGAUAUUAUGACUAAAUAUAGCAGUAAGAGGAGUGUCCGGAAGAAAGAAAAGAGUUAAUUUGUAUUGUGUGUUGACGACGUUACUUGAAGUUUGGUAUGUAUUGUUAUAAAAGUAUUUUUCUUUCUUAAACAGUCAACUAUAUUAACACUUAACAGUACACCAUGAUCAGAAUAAAAUAGGAAAGUUCAUUUUGAUGUGCUAUACCUGUGACAGACAUGUCUUAGAGACAUCAGAACAGUACAGGGAGAAGGUUGCAACUUGCUAACACCCAUACUUUUGAACAUGAUUAAAAAAUAUUUAAUAUAUAGUCAUUCUGGGACUGCCAGUGUGCAGUAAUGAACAAGUGGUGCAUCCAUUAUUUGUACAGUAAUUUUCCUUUGGAAAAUGGGAUCUGAUUUAUGAAAAACUUAUUUGUAACUUGUAUCAUCAGGAAUGUGACAUGAUGAUUACCUGAAACCAAGAACCCAAUUCAUUCUUAGGUUAGAACACCAGUGCAACGUGUUCAUGUACUGGAACACCAGGAACGUAAUUCAUUCAUGUGGUAAAACACUAGAAGUGCAACUUGUAUAUUGGGCAUCUCAUUAAUUAUGUAAAAGUUAACCCAUUACUCUUAGAUUACCUUUACUAGAUUAGAUAUAAGCAUCCAGAUGUUCACUCGGCAGGUCCUCAGCUUACAAAAAGCGUGCUCCUGAUUUUUCAACUUGAAACAUGUUUGUGUAGAAAAUAACUGUACAGAGAAUGUUUCACACAUUUCUACUGUAGCUUGGCAGUUAAAAAACUUGAAUUGGUCACUAAGUGCUGUAUUUAUGAGUGUGGAUGUUUGUAAUUUGAGGUGUUUAUAACCUAGAGACCUGUAUGGCCAAUGCCAAGUAUUUAUUUACUUUGUGGUAAGAUAGUUAUGUUAAUUUUUCAAAUUACUGAACUUCAGAACCCUCUUAUAUUGUAUCGUUUAGAGACAUGUAUAAAUAUAGUUUUUAUAUGUCAUGCAUUUUAAUCAGUCAAACAAGCUGAACUGCCCAAAAAUAGAUUUUUGGAAAAUUUAUUUUGUGUAUCGAUAUAUUUUUGUGAGUAAACAUUGUAUACAACUUUAAUUAGCCUUGCCUAAAGUACCUGUAAUAUAGUUUGUUAUUCAACCUAUUUUAGGGCAGCUUCAAUUUAAUAUUUAACGUAAAUAGGUUUGUGAUUAUGCAGAAAUGCAGUAAAGAAUUGGUUUGUUUAGCAAAGCAACUGUUGCUCUAUAAGCCAAGUCUGCAAGCUCUUCCUUAAGGUUUGGCUUACAGAAGUUCCUGGUUAGUGCUCACAGUUGGUUCUGUUAAGUGAAAGAAAAUGAGAAUUAUCCCAUAGAUGUAAAAUUCACAAAUGGCCUUCAUAGAUCUUAGACUCAGAAAAUGUGAUGCAAAAAAAAAAAUAAUUGACGCUGUUUUUUAAUUUACAUUCAGUUAACAAUGUUAAUGUAUAAAAUUGCAUGUGGAGUGCAAGACCUGGCUGGGCAGUGAGAUGUGCAUGUCCAACACAAGCAUACGUAUGUAUACACUUCUCACAACGUGUUUCAACUCCACCAGAACAUUUAAAAUUAGGAAUUAAAGUUUAAUAGUGUAAACACUACGUAAAGAACAUAAUGAGAACUAUCUUGUUAAAAAUAUGUAACAAGCCACAAAGUACGGCAUCUUGUAGAUGCAGAUGCCAUUGGCCAUUUUCUAAUUGAGAACAGGUUGUAGUAAUCCUCCAAAAUAACUGUUUUAAUAGUAAUUUUUAAGCAUUUUUAUUUUCUCAUAAGUUAUCUUUUUGUUAAUGUUUUGGUGUUAUUUAUUAUUAGUAUUAUUGAACAGAUUAAGUGGCCAAAGGCUACCUCUUCCAACUCAAGUACAAGUUUCUUUUUAUAUUGUACAUAAACUAUUGUUUGCAGUGCAAACCUGUAGCUUCAAGCUUGCGUAUCUGGGCAUGUGUAGUUCAUGUUCUUAAUGUAAGAACUUAGUGUUCUCAGUUGGCUUAUGUUUUUAAAGUUUGAUAUUUGGGAACUGUUAUAUAUGCAAAAACUUUUUGCUUGAUAGAAGGGAAGAAAACCUUAGUAAGAGAAAUUGUAAAAAACUAAUUCAAAACUAACCCAUUUAAGGCUUCCUGGUCCCAUCAGGGUAUAUCCUGACAUUUAAAGAAUAAAGGCACAAUACUGUGACUGGAACAGUACACAAAUAAUGCGCACAUAGAAGUUAUUUGUGUACUGACAUUUAAUUCCAAGUAAUAUUGUGAAAAGGUAUUGUAUUUGUCUAAGCAAGAAUGAGAUAGAAUAUUGCCAACAAGUAUGAAGACAAAAUUGCAGAACAAGCUUUUAUUGAGACAGUGUUUUGUCUUGUACAUGUUACAAAUUGCACACACAAAAGGUGUUGCCUGCAUACACUUGGCAAAUGAUAAUUUUAAAUGUCUUGUAUGGCUGCUGUGUAGGUGUCCAAAUCCCAGGCAAACGUUGGUUGCAAGCUUGGUUGAAAAGGCCAGUCUGCAGGUGUUGGCUGUCUGAUAGAAUUUUGUGCUCAAACAAUAAGAGCUAUUAAGGCUGAGAAUGUUAAUUUUUAAGAAAAAAUUACUGUUAAUCUUUCCACCACUAUACUGAGAAGCAAAAUGAAAAUGAAUUCCUGGAAGAGAACGUGUUUUUGGCAAGGGUGGCAUUUACCAAGUUUGUGCAGCGAAUGACAUGUAUAUUCUUGGAGAGUAAGGUGGAAGGAGGUUAGUAGAGGUGAGGUAUCUUGUAGACAUUGGUCUCCUGAGCCUUAAUGAUUAAAAUGUAACAAAUCAGCGAGGACAAAUGCAAUGGUUUAACUGGCCAGUACAUCUUUGUCCCCUAAUCAAAUGUUGAUAACUGUCUACAUAAUGUGUGAUUUUAUUCAGUGUAAUUUCAUAUACUAAGUGCUGCUUUUCAAUGUCUGGUCCUGUUUAUUUCCUGGAGUUUGGUUCUUUAGCAUACAAUAAGGUGUGACUGUCUUGGCAUGACAAGGUGCCAAACUCAUCAUGGAGCUUCACCCCAGGAUAGGCUGUGGAGUCCUCAGUCACAGCUAUAUCAUAAGUAAGGAAAGGGACAAGUCCAGAUGUUGAGAAGCACCAAUCAUUGAUACACAGAAUGCCAUUAAACAAAACUAAAGUGCUUUUAGCUUGGCAAAACCUCUGGCACACAUUACAUACAGUUCAGUGACCAUUAUUAUUAUAAGCAAGGGGAAAGUGCUAAACCCAUAGGAUUAUACAGCACCUGUGGGGGGGUGGAAGGUAUUCAGGCUCAAUUCAGGGAACUGAAGCACAGAUCCAAUUCCCUAGAUCAAGAGCCCCUUGCCAGCAUCAUGGAACCUCCCUUGAGGGGAUCAGUGACCUCCCUUCAAGGGAGGUUCCUUGACAUUGGCAAGGGGCUCUUGAUCUAGGGAAUUGGAUCGGUGCUCCAUUCCCCCCCUCCCCCCCACCAUAUGCACUGUAUAAUCCUAUGGGUUUAGCACUCUCCUGUGAUAAGUGACCAAUAGACCUGCAACCUUGCUCCUCUGACUUCUGAUUUUUUACACUUUAAGGCUUCCAGCUCUGGCAAGUACAACUCUACUCACCUGCUCUGACCUUGCAUUCCCAUAUAUACGAGGUUCUAUCAAUUAGUUCCCAUACUUGUACAUGUAUUUGUGGUGGCACAGAGCAUUCUGUGCAGAGAACUCCUAUGUAAAGGCAAAUUUGUGUGGUCAGAUAGACAUUUCUUAUCAUAUCUUUUAUUUUUAACAGUUUUUACAAGAAAGAACACUGCAUGUGUGUGAAAUUCCGUUUUAAAUUCAGUAAAACUGCUACUGUAACUCAGUGCUGGAUAAAAUGCUUUGCAUGUUUUUUUUAGAUUAUGUAUUAAAAUUAAAACCAAAUGCUAAACCCACAAGGGUUCAGUGUAGGGCAAACUUUAGUUGAUAAAUGCUUUGGUCAGCCAUCAAGAUAAGAUGUCAGCAUUGAAAAAGAAAGGAAGGCUAUUUAUGAAGAUUAUAAGAAUAUUUAGGACAUUGCAAGUGAUGUAGGAAUUUUUUAUGGGUCAUGUCAAAAAGUAUUUUGACUGGAAAUUUGUGGCGAGUGACUGAGAAAUUCGUGCCCCACUUGCUGACUCAAGACCAGAACAACAAUCGUUUUCUAGCCAAAAACACUUCAGUCAUCCCCCACCCUCCCUGAUUCCCAGAAAUAAAAAUGGUACGGGGGGGCAGCGUUUUAAUGAAGUACAAGCAGAAUCUCAGGCUGUGCUAGAUGCUGUUUGGAAAGAAAAGUUUAAAGAAGUGACAGUGGCACUAGUAUUGUAUAGCCUACCAAGGAGAGUACUUCAACUAGGAUUAGGCAAGUCUGUGCAUUUCUCUUGCAGCAGUCUAGGCUCUUUUUGAUAGCACCUCGUAUAUCUUCCAAUAUGUGUGUGUGUUAACUUGUAACUUAUGUUCAACUUAAUUGAGCUCUUCCCAUAGCAAAACAGUCUCUAUAAAAGCUUGUCUGUCUUGAUGAUUAAGCAAGCUAGACAUAGGGUGUUAAUCUUACUUUUUAGCAUUAGCUCUGAACCAUGUACAUGUGUAAAUGUUACCAACUGAGCUAAAUAUAUUGAAGAUUUUGCCCAUGAGAUGUCAUUGUACUAAAGUAUUAGUCACUGUCAUGGCUGCAACAAUUCACUCUUAACCCACAUGGUCUGUGCUGGAGCCUAAUUAAGCCAUGUCUUGUGGUCCAAGACAGACUGAAGUGUUGCCUGAAGCUUCCUCUCAAAAUUGUGGACUAAUUGUUAAAUGACAAAUACUCUGAGUGAUUGCCUAUUCAAGUUUGCAGGGAGCAAGUUCCAGCUCUUGUGUAUAUAUAUGCAAGAAAAACCUAGUGCACAUCAGUGUAUAGUUGUAUAUGUUUUAAGUAUACAUGUUUAUAUAUACAUGUGUAUGUAAUAGUACAUACAGUAUCUGUACAUAUGUAUAUAUAUAAGUGAAAAAUUCACAAAACUGACAUAUAAACAUUGCUGCAUGUAAUGUAUAUACAUACACCUUUUUUUGUAUAUAUUUCUCCAGAAUUUUAUAAGAAAAAUGCCUCAGACCUUCCAUAUAUCUACAAGGCAAAUCUAUUGUAGACUAUAAAUUUGUAAAUAAAAUGGCUGUAAAACCACAAAAAUUGUACAAAUAUAUAAUAGCAAUAUAAUAAACUACAGUCCUUUAAUGUGUUUUCUCUUAAAAAACCAUCUUGUAUUCCUUUCAAAGCAAUGAAUAGGGUAUCUAAUGGCUGACAGGCCUCUUAUAAUGAAGUGCCACUACUUGUCAUCUAUUUCCAUAAUUUAACAUUGUGAAAUUUACUGUGUUGUAUCUUGUGAUAAUCAUCCUGGGGGGGGGGGGGGGGCUGAAAUUUUAGCAAGCACAAGACGAGCCAGGUUGUGGGAGUAGGAAAACUUUCAGAACUCGUCAGUCAUACAGUGCCUACAGGAAAGGAGAUAAUCAGAAUCAAGAUCUCCUUACUUAUUUAGGAUUUAAAUCUGAGGUAAGGAGAUAUUUUGAGGUAUUUAGGCAAGAGAAAUCUUGGGGGAGGUGGACAUGAGAGACUGGUACAUGUGUGUGGCCAGCGGUUACAGCCUGGUUAAUUAGGCCCUGAUCUACCAUAAGGACUGGUCUGUGCCACGGACAUUCACCCCAGGAACACCCUCCAGGUAGGUAAGUUUGGAGUGUCAAUGUAAAGGAAACUGGGGCCCUUUAAUUAUAUAGGAAGAUAAUAGUGUACUUAUUUUAAGAAAAGGAAGGGGGGAUAAAUAUUGAUGAAGAGGGAAAAGUUGAGUGGUGCAUUGAGGUAUCUGUGGAGACAAAGAAUGUUGCCCAUGAAGGAAAAAGGGAUAAUGUACGAGUGUAUAGUGUUAUAACGCUUAUGUAGGUGUGAAGCAUGUAUUUUAAAUGUUGCAUAAAGGAAGCAGUAGAGAUUUUGUAUCUGAAGGCAAUAUGUGGAGUGAAUAUUAUAUAGAGAAUCAUAGUUUGGAGAGGAAGUAUGUUGUCACAAUGUAUUAUCCAGAGGGCUGAGGGGGGGCUAUUGAAGUAGUUUGGACAUUUUGAGAGGAUGGAGCAAAACAGGUUCACUUAGAGGGUGCAUAAAUCCGUAGUGGAAAGAAGGCAUUUACCUGGAGAGAGUUUCGGGGGUCAACGCCCCCGCGGCCCGGUCUGUGACCAGGCCUGGCAUGGUUAGGGUUGUCAUAGGAAAGGUUUUGUAUGGAAGGAGUUGAUCAAACAGGCAUGUUUAUGAACAUAUUAGAUUGGAGUGGAGCCAAGUGGUUUUUAUGACUUGAGCUGCUGGAGUAUGAACAAGGUAACAUUUUGUGAUUAAAGAAACCAGUUAGUCGGACUUAAAGUUCUGGAGGUGGAAAGUACAUGCCUGUACCCUGAAGGUGGGGAUGUUGCUGUUUGGAAUGGUAUCUGAGCUGUAAUGUCAGUGCACCUCUGGCAAGAUAUGAGUAUUUUAUUUAGGGUCACCCUACCUUAGUAGGAGACAGCUGGUGUGUGUGAAAAAUCAAGUACAAGAGGUGUAUAGGGUAUAAUGAUAACAGAGUUUGUCCUAGUAGAUAAAAGAAUCAGUAGAAUUAUGGGAUGUGCAUGUUUUUUGGGGCUACAGUAAGAGGUAGAUGGAAUAAGAGGAGACCCAUCAGUGGGUAAAAGUGAAGUGAAUGAGCUAGAGGAGACUAAUACAGAGAUUUAAGCAAUUAUUGGGAAAAAGGUGGGUGAGAGAUUAUACAAGAAAUAAGGUGCAAGGUAAAUUUUGGAAUGCAGUGCUAGUGCACAGCAUAAGUUUGUGGAUAUAAGAAUAGGUGUGAAUGGGAAAAGGCAGAAAGGUGGUAUAUGAGAGACUUACAUUACCAAAAUGACAGACUUAAGGUAAUGCGAGAAGGAAGAUGGGGGUUAAGAGUACAAGAAAGUCUAUAUCUACAAAUUUUGCCAAGAAUAAAAUGGUUUUGGAGUGAGAUCAAUAGUCAGGAAGCAUGGCGAGCAAAUAACUUGAGGAGGAAAUGAAGACAUUCACAAUAGGUCCACUUUCCCUACCAGGUUUUGCUAUACAAUUCAUGUUAUUGAACAACAAAUCCUCAGGGGUCAUACAAUACAUAUAUCCAAUAUUUUCCAGCUUACCACUGCACAAUAAAUGCAAUAAUAUACUGUAUGAUUAAUAUUGCAAGUACAUUAAUAGGUUCAAGUCAACAUUAAAAUACCUCCAAUCAUUUCUACAAUGUAAACUCUUAAUUAUAAUAACUACACUAGUAGUAGGCUAACCUAAUAUCUGUUACUGUAAACUUAUUAUCUGACAUUUACAAGUGUAAACAAAUGGUGUCCUGCUUUCCGGCAGUAGCCUGGAACCUAACCUGCCGUACAAGUGGGGCCCUACUGUACUUGUUAGAAAAUGUUUCAGUCCUGGGACCUUAAUCAAGGUCCCAGGACCGAAAUGUUUUCAAAUAAAUAUGUCCCAGUGUUUGUUCAUGUGUCUAAACCAAUUUAUUGGUACAGUGGACCCCCACAUACCGUACGCAUCGCAUACCGUUCAAUCUGCAUACCGCUCA